AUGACGGGACGUAAGGUAUCAGCUUGCGCUCCACAAUUCAUGCCAAUGCAGAACAACAACAAAAAUCUAGGUGCUUCUUCUGCUUUUCCAGUGAAGGAUGUUAAUGGCAGAUUAUCGAUGGCAAAACAAGAACACAAAGAAUGCGUAUUGGACAGGAGGGCUCUUACAAUCUCUACAAGUGCGCUGGGUCCUAUUGAUGAUUUUGAGAGCGAACUUUUUGCUCGCCAGGAGUUGGAGAAAAUUGGGCCAGAUUUGGCACCAAUAUUGUAG